AUGGUCCGCUUACAUGUUAAAAAAGGAAAUGAAAGUCAAUUUCUGUAUGAUACCACCGUUGAUACACUUGUUGACGAUGUUAUUCAAGAAAUAACUGUUAUUUACAACGGUCGGCUAAAGAUAAACCGGAUUGCCUAUGAAAUGGAAGAACUUGCAAAACAUGGUACAAUGUUGCCGUCUGAUAUGAUGGGAUUAACGGAUGAACAAGUGAUCGAGUUAAAAUUAAAAGACGAGUGGGCUGAUAAGUGCUCGCCUAUGGGUGGUUGGACGUUCAAUAAAGACGUUAUGGGCCGUCGCAAUGGUCGCCAGCCGAAUGAAAAAAUGCAAGAAGUUCUGAAAAAAGCUUGUAAGGAUGCGCAAGCUAUGAUAACUAAGAAACUUGUUGCUGAAGAUAAGCUGAUGAGUUUAAAAAUAGUUAAUGAAGCGUUGGAUCUACUAAGAGGUGCUUCAAUGAUAGUUUAUCCGAUGGGCUUACCACCUCACGAUGUUAUCCGCAAGGAAUUCGAAAACACUGAACAUUUAACGGGAACCCAGGAAUCGCUUGAGGUGAUGGACGUACAAAUGACUCAGCUGUGGUUCUCCGGCAAGGAAAUGAUACGAGGAAAAAAGCUCAAGGAUUAUUUGGGCGGCAAUGAGAAGACUAAAAUCGUCGUCAAGCUGCAGAAACGCGGAACUGGUAUGCCAGCUCGCGAGCCGCUGAUGAAUGAUGAUGAGCGCAAGGAAUUUAUGAUGCAUGCUUAUCAACGCCAGGAACAGCUUAAGGGUUCCGCGCGACUUUUGUCACACAGCCGCGCUGAUGCUGAAAUACGACGGCAGUUGCGCAGAACCCUAUUUUGA